AUGGCGCAGGUUUCAAAGGUUCCCGCCCAGCAAUUUCUGGAUUUUGUCAAUGCUUCCCCUACUCCCUUCCAUGCCGUGCAAUCUGCCAAGGACCUUCUGAGUAAGGCGGGCUUCCAAGAAAUCAAGGAAAAAGAUUCCUGGGCCUCCACUUGCAAGCCAGGUGGUCGUUACUAUCUGACCCGCAACACCACUACUCUGGUCGCUUUCGCUAUUGGUCAAAAAUGGAAGCCCGGUAACUCAAUUGCCAUGAUUGGUGCCCACACUGACUCCCCUGUCCUGCGGGUCAAGCCUGUCAGCAAGAAGCAGGGUGAGGGUUUCAUCCAGGUUGGUGUUGAGGCUUAUGGUGGUGGUAUCUGGCACACCUGGUUUGACCGUGACCUUGGUGUCGCCGGUCGGGUUAUGACUCGUGCCAGUGAUGGAUCUAUUGUGCAGAAGCUGGUCAAAGUUGACCGUCCCAUCCUUCGUAUUCCCACUCUGGCCAUCCACCUUGACCGCCAGGAGACUUUCUCCUUUAACAAGGAGACCCAGCUGUUUCCCAUUGCUGGUCUGGUUGCGGAUCAACUUAACGAGACUACUGAGUCCAAAGAGGAUGAGUUCGCUCCUUUGAAGAACGUGGCUCAACGCCACCACACCCAGUUUGUUGAGCUUGUUGCGGCUGAGGCUAAGGUGAAGCCCGAGGACAUCCUGGACUUUGAACUGAUCCUCUUCGAUACUCAGCAGUCCUGCCUGGGUGGAAUGAAUGAAGAGUUCAUCUUCUCCCCUCGUCUGGACAACCUGAACUGCACCUUCUGUGCCACCUCUGCUCUUACCGAGUCGGCUCCUACUACCCAGUCUCUGGAGAACGAGGAAGCUAUCCGCCUGAUUGCUCUGUUCGAUCACGAGGAGAUCGGUAGCCGCACUGCUCAGGGCGCUGACUCCAACAUCCUGCCCUCUAUUAUCCGCCGUCUGUCGGUUCUUCCCUCGCAGGCUUCCUCGUCAGAGGAUGUGUCCACUGCUUAUGAGCAGACCCUCUCCACCUCCUUCCUGGUCUCCGCCGAUAUGGCUCACUCCGUCAACCCUAACUACUCCACCAAGUACGAGUCUGACCACAAGCCUGUGAUGAACAAGGGUUGUGUCAUCAAGAUUAACGCCAACGCCCGCUAUGCCACCAACUCCCCCGGUAUCGUCUUGCUCCAAGAGAUUGCUCGUAAGAAGGGUGAGCAGGAGGGUCUUCCUGUUCCCCUGCAGCUGUUUGUUGUCCGUAACGACUCGAGCUGCGGUAGCACCAUCGGCCCUAUGCUGUCUGCUGCUUUGGGUACCCGCACCCUGGAUCUGGGUAACCCUCAGCUGAGCAUGCACAGUAUCCGUGAGACCGGUGGUACUUACGAUGUUGACCACGCCAUUCGCCUCUUCACUGGAUUCUUCGAGCAUUACUCGGAGUUGGCUCCUAAGAUCUUUGUGGACUAA